CUAUUACCUACUAUGUGCGAAAAGACUUCCCGACCUAUUAGGUCCGUUACUAAACGGAUAACUUGUUUCCAUAUAUAUUAUAAUUCUCUUUGACUUGCCCAUCCCUAAAGAGUAAAGACUACAGCUUACGGCUUACCGCUUACGUCAAAACGUACAAAUUCAUAAUUUGUGCCACUGUCCGCUGAUUUAUAUGAGCCGUACAUUACUUUAUUUUUUACAAAAUGCAUGAACGGCUUUAGGAAUGCAAGGUUUUCUAUCCAUAUUAUGGUUCGUUGCAUUCCGUUCAUAACCAAUGAGCAACAAAUCCAGGUGUGUGGAUCUCGUAAUCUUUAUAUAAAGAUAGUGUUUGGUUAUUUCGUUAAAUCAUAGACAUCGAAUGGAUGCUGGAAUAUUUGCAAACUAAUUUAAAUAUUAAUAUUUCGAAGGUGUGUGGAAAUGAAUAAAAAAAUCGUUUGUGAUGCGUCGUAACCCCUUCAUGUCGGUUAACCAACUGUAACUUCAAGAACUAUGUUUGUUUCGCAUGAGCAAAAUGCCAACAAGAAAAAGUACCAAAAACCAAACAUACUCAGGAGGAGACCGCAUAUGUCUGUGGUGAGGCCUGCUGGAAGUGACAUAGAAACUCCCACAAGCAGCACGGCUACACAGUACACAAAGGUGGCCACUCACCUUACUGUAGAGAAGAUAAAACAAAACCAUGUUAGUUCUUUCCACACACACACAGUUAUACCAAAACAAGAAGCUGCAGAUUUUGAUAACCUUCCAAUCAGUUGUGUCUCUGAUAAUAAUUUGAAUCCAAGUACAAGAUGUAACAUUUUAGAAAAUAAUCAGAUUAAUAAUAAUGAAUGUCUGGAGCAAGUAUCUCUAAAUGUUGAGUCUUUUUUGAAUGCUGCAACUAAAAAGGAGGAAUCAAAACCAUCACUAAAAGAAGAACCUACUACUAAUGAAAAUUGGUGCUUAGGAUUCAUUGACUCAAAGGAAAUUGUGCUUAGCACAUAUGGUGGAUCUCAGUUAUGUGGUAAGGAUCAUGAGACAGAUCUCAUGUCAGAGGGAGUGCCUUCUACUAUAGAAUCUUCCUUGCAUCCAGAUUAUUCAAUCUCUCAAGAAGUGCAAUCCACUGAGGCACCUGCUCAAAAUUUUACUAUUGACUGUUUUUCUACUAGAGCUGUUAAGUUUAAGUGUGACGAACCUAACUGCAAUAAAGGGUUCUGGAGUGAGCUGAAACUAAAGAAACACAAAAACACUCAUAACAAGCAAAGUGGCACGAGAGGUGUUCAGGUCGCCGAGUGCCCAGUAAAGAAAACCAUUGAGGAUGGUACUGAAGAACGUUGUGGUAGGACGUUUCUGCUCAGGGAACAGCUGUCCAAGCAUUUGAAUGAAGACCACUCACCCGACGAGGCCCUCUAUAGGUGCGAGGUGUGCGGGCGACGGUUCUUUUGGGCGGUGGGGCUGCGCGCGCACCGGCAGGCGCAGUGCGCGCGCGGGUGGCUGGCGUGCGGCUGGCCCGGCUGCGGUAAGCAGUUCCGCCAGCCUUGCCGUUUGCGCGAGCACGCGCGCGCCCACACCGGCGACCGCCCCUACGCUUGCCCCUUCCCAGAAUGCGGCUGGUCGUUCAGGUCUGCGAGCAAGUUGCAGCGGCACGCGCGGCGGCACACGGGCGAGCGGCGGCACGCGUGCGCGGCGUGCGGGCGCGCCUUCCUGCGCCGCGAGCACCUGCGCGAGCACUGUGCGCGCUGCCACCCGCCGCACGGCGCCGGCGCGUCGGACCCCGCCUCCGCCCGCGCGCCGCGCACCGCCCGCGCGCCGCGCACGCCGCGCGCUGCUCGACGUGCUCGAACUGUCCCUUCCGCAUCUCAGACAUCGAAUGUAUUAGAAGACAACACAUUGGUCAUUGAUCCGAGCACGACCACCGUUGGUGUAAAAUGUGAGCUGGGAGAUCGAGCCAGCGUCAUCGAGACUGUUCCAGUUAGACCGCGGGACAACACUUUUGUGUUUAGUUUGGUGUCUGAAACUAAAGUGGAAAAUGCGAGCAGUAAAAUGGAGGAGAUGUCCUGUAUGGAGGAGGCGGAGGAAGCGGUGGUCGUGGAGGAUGCAGACGAUGCGGAGUGUGCGGAUAGUGAGGAGGAGUGGCACGCGGCGCGCACGCACUGCACGUGGCCGCUCGCGCGCGCGCCCCCGCACGCGCCCCCGCACGCGCCCCCGCACGCGCCCCCGCACGCGCACGCGCACGCACUCUACCAACACGAUGCCUACGUGCUCGAGGAGGAUGUGCCGACUGAACAGUCGGAGACUUCGGAGAACAACAUAUACACGAUCCGGAGCGACCUGUUUCUUCACGGGAAUGUGUUGAUUAAUGAAGACAGCGAGUUCGUGGUGAGUCGUGAUUACGCAGGGCGGCACCUCGGCACGAGCGGGCACGGCGCGGAGGGGGUCGCGGGGGGCGAGGCGCCCGCCGGCAGCGCGGGGGGCGCGGGGGGCGCGGGGGGCGCGGGCGGCGCGGGCCCGCUCGACGCCGCGCUCGACUAUAUCGACGUGCACCCCACCAUCGACCUCAUGCCGGAGGAGCUGAUGUAUGCGGACGCCGCCGUCGACGAGUCAUCGUUCAGAGUGUUUCUAAUGAACGGCGAGGAGCUCACUUAAUCGCUUCAAUUUUAAUAUGUACGUAAAAGGCUGCUAGCGACGGAUUGACGUGGUCGAUUCCUUCAUACGACGUAAACCUCAAAGUAAACGUCCCAUAUUGCUGUCUUACCAAACUAUCGAAUUUGUAAUGUAGUUAUACUAAGAUGAGAGUUGACCACAUAACCGUUAUUUAAGUGUGUACUUGUUGGGAAUCGUUAAGUGUAAACGAUUGUUUGAUAAAUGUUUUACUUAUAUACCUUUCUGUAGAUAUGUGUUAAGGGAUCAGCAGUUUUUGAAUGAACAGAUUUAAAUCAAUGUACAUUCUCAGUAUUUAUAUAUACUAAAUAAAUCAUAUAUGAAUUGUAAAAAAGAACUAGCUGAUGAGUUCAUCAUCGGUUUCUCAAUGUGAAAUGAAGUCAAUACAUUGCUUUAUUGUUAAAUAUAAGUAAAACUUAAUAAUAUAAUUAUAAUGGUGUGAAGGUGCAAUAUUUAUCAUUUAAAUUAAUGAAUUAUACUAAUCAGUCAAUUUCAUAGUUGUUUAUGACUUGUUAAUGUAAGUGAAAUUAGAUUUAGGUCUUGACUAACGUUCAAAUUUCUAUAAUAUAAAUGUUUAGUAAAUUACGAAUACGCUCCGAAUAGACAAAUGUGUAUAUCGGCUUUUGAUGUUUUUGAUCCUAAUAUUAUAAUAGAAAAUAUUGACCAUCACAAUUUAUCCAGUAAUUAGUUAUCUACAAUUGAAAGAGAUUUUUUAUUUUCUUAGUAAAAUAAUGCAUGAAUAAGUUUAUAUCCUUAGAGUACUGACGGAAUCUGAAAGUUGUGUAAAUCCGCUAGCCUGAGGUCUACGCUGAUUUUCACGCCUAAAAAUAAAAGCGGCAAAAGUUAUUUUAUAAAUAUUAGAAUACCCUCUGCGCCACAAAAAAGUAUAAUGUAGCUUUUUAUUUUAACAAUACGAUUGUUUGAAACGAUUAUCGGAUCGGUAUGUUAUCGCACAAUAUUGAUAUUGGACUUCAGAUUUAUUUGACAGUCCUAGCGUUGUGGUCUUAACUGAUUUAUUAGAACUUCUUUAUUGUUACUGAGUCUCUAAUAUUAUGUUCAAUACUCAAUGUGUAAGCGACCUGAAAGUGUGAGGCAUAGUUACAAGAAGUUGCUGCAAAUAGUUGUAGUAAUCGUAGCGGUGGAUCGAAGUUAUAGUAUGAAAAAGGAAUAAUAAGACUAUCGCGUUAAUUUUAAUGAAUCAAGUAUGUUUAAUUGGUGGCUACUCAGAUAAUUUGCAACGGAAAAUGCGGUUUCAUUUCGAGGACAGUGAGGGACGAAGUCAAAAUAAUAUGUUCAAUAAAGACGAGCAUAAAGUCUAUUUAAUUAAUUAAUUUAAUGUAUACGUGAUUCUUUUUCCAAAUUUAAUCGUAAGUUCAAAAUUUUUUAGCAAUGAAAAAUAUACCUUUAGUGCAAUUAUUAUUUUGAAUAAUGCAAUAUUUUGAUAGUUAUAAUGUAUUAAAAGCCUCCUACCUUUCAAAGUGAAAUCUAAAUUUGUUUGUUCGAUCCGUAUUUUUGCGUCUGUAGAGUUACGCUACGUUGCAAGCAUUGGAAAAUUAGGGGCAAGUCGAAGUUGUUACUUGGACUUGCGCAGUACUGGUAACGUUGGAUUGAUAGAUUGUCUAUAUUAUUAUUUGUUAUGUUUGGAUUUUGUUAAGUAAUCGUAAAUAAUACUAUUGAUUUUUUAAACGCAAUCAAAACCGUGAAUGUUAAUAAUAGUUUCGUCUAAUUGACAGCGCAUGAGCUUAUUGUUUGAUAUGUUCUAUAUUGCCUUAUUAUAUAGGUAUCGACGGUAAUCGCGACUAUAUUAUCUUGAUAAUCUAAAAAAAAUAAGAUUUAUUUUUAAGUGACAAACAUAUUGUAAAUUAAUAUCUACAAGACAUGAUCUCUUGAAAUGCCUUUUAGACUUAAGAUUGACUCAAAGUUUAGCAUAAUGUUUAAUGUUUGUGAUAUAGUCUGUUACAUCAGUAUCGUACAAGUUUGCAUGUAAUGUGAGUUGGUGUUAGCUUAUGUUUAGUGACGGCGCGGCGUGAGACGUGUGACGAGUGACGAGAUUCAGAGAGACGUAACGUUGUACCUUGCGAAGGUGAUACUCGGCGGUAAAUUAAUCUGAAAAUAUAUAGAGAUGUCGUCAGACAACUUGACCUAGUGGGCGGGGCCCGGGCGGAGUGCGGGAGUAGAAGUUGUCUGAUCUACCAAUCGUGCGGUCGUACGGCGAGGACCCUGCGCGUGCGCUUCUUCACGGGUGUCGUCAAGCGAUAGGUCAACUUGUUUGCCGACAGCUAUAACCGAUCUCAGCUAUAUUUAAGCCACGGCCUUGUUAGGGUUACAGUUUGGGAAUUUGUGACAAAUCCGUUAUGCUUACAAACGCAGUAAAUUGUACAUUAUGUUAGAAAAAUAACAAAACUCAAACUGUUUUCCUGGUGUGGCCUUUACAUAGCUAGUAAAAAUUCUAUUGUAAUGAUUUUCGCUGUAGCAUAUAACUCAGUGUCAUUUAAUGAAUAAGUUUCGUCGUUUAAGAAAAAUCGCGUGAAUUUUAUUUUUGUGACAAUAAAAGUGUAUCACUCGUCGCCUAUUUAAAUUAGAGAGUGAUGCGUAUUUGAGUUUUAAUCACGUAUACACUUACAAUAUAAUUGUUAUACAUUGGAUGUAUUUGGUGUUUGCUUUAUGACACUGAAAAAUGUUCAAUGAACUUAUGCUAAUAUUCCACGGAGAUUUCUUCAGCGAUGAUUUUCAUUAAAAAACUGAUGUUUGGUACUUUUAACUGAUUGACAUGCCGAGUACCUUAUAGAUAACUAUUGUGUAAUGUUUAACGAAGAGGCUGGGGGCCGCGGAAGAAAUCGGCACUAGUGCGCAUGCGUUACAUUCCCUUGGAUAGACUCGGUUGCGGCCCCACAUCGUUCGAUAGCUAGCUGUAGUAUAGUACGUAAGGAUAUUACAGACAUAAAAUUGUACAUAAGAUAUUAUAUUUUUGGAUAUACAAGGUAAGUUGUAAGAUGGCUUAUUUUUUGAGACUGUUGUCCAAAUUAUGAUCAUUAUAUCGUUUUGUUGAAAUUGUGUACUUGAUGGAUAGAUGUAUUUCAAAAUUAUUUUUAUAAGCGAGUUUUAUUUUGGUUGUUGUUUUGUUAACGUUUUCGGUAUAAGAAAAGUUGUAUAUCCGCACAGUAUAGAUCGCUAAGUCAAACUUAAACUAAGUGACAUAUCGUAAUUAUUUAGUUUGUUAUUAAUCAUAAUUUUUAUUGGUUGCUUCGUGUUUAAUGCAAAUGUUGCUAUAUUAGUACCUAAUAAAUGUUUUCUCUAAUA